AUGGGUUCUGUUUCAGAGACCAUCACCACUUCCCUCAACGCGGCCCUCGAGCAAGCGCACGCUCGGUACACAAAAUCACACCCUGAGUCGCUCAAGAUCCACGAUCGAGCAUGCAACUAUCUCCCCGGCGGCAACACUCGCACAGUUCUGCACACCACACCAUUUCCGCUCACGAUCUCCUCCGGCCAGGACACCCACCUCACCACCGUCGACGGGCAGAGUUACACUGAUUUCCUCGGAGAGUACACCGCUGCCAUCUAUGGCCACAAUCACCCGGUAAUCAGGUCCGCCUUGGAAUCGGCCAUCGAGAACGGAUGGAACUACGGCGGGCACAACGCGCUGGAACCCCAGCUAGCGAAGAUCGUGUGUGAGCGAUUCCCCUCCAUCGACCUAGUCAGAUUCGUCAACUCGGGCACGGAGGCGAAUAUGAUGGCCCUGGCCACAGCCCUGGCAUUCACAGGGAGGAAGAAAGUCCUGCUCUUCAACAAGGGGUACCACGGCUCGACCAUCUCAGGACGGGCGCCCUCGGGGAAACCGUCCAUCAACCUGCCCCACGAUUUCGUUCUGAGCACAUACAAUGACGUCGCCGGCACGGAGGCCCUGGUUCAGUCACUUCCCAAAGACUCCCUCGCCGCGAUCCUGGUAGAACCCAUGCUCGGGUCCGGAGGCUGUUACGCAGGCUCUGCCGAGUUCCUAGGCAUACUGCGUCGCCUAGCCAGCGAGCACGGCGCGCUGCUCAUUUUUGACGAAGUCAUGACAUCGCGACUGCACUACCACGGGCUCGGGUCGCAGACCGGCGUGACGCCCGACCUGACGACACUGGGGAAGUGGAUUGGCGGUGGCAUGAGUUUCGGGGCGUUCGGAGGACGUCGGGACAUCAUGGCGCUGUACGAUCCCAGGACCGGCAAGCUUGAGCAUCCAGGCACUUUCAAUAAUAAUGUGUUCACCAUGAACGCGGGAAUUGCGGGCUGUGGGCUAUUGACUGCGGAGAAGGUGGACGCCUUGAACGGGCUCGGCGAGAAAUUGACCAGCCAAGUCAUGGACGUCCUUUCCAAUAGAGGCAUUCUGCGUGACGCGACCGUGCCAGCCGCUCCCAUUGCGGACGAACUGCACGUGGCGGAGCAUCCGCAGCGACCGCCGAAGAUGUUCGUCAAGGGCGUGGGAAGUCUGAUGGCCGUCCACUUCGCAGGACCAGACCGCGACGUCUUGGGAGGACUGUUCUAUCACCACAUGCUCGAGCAGGGCAUCUACAUGGCGCAGCGCGGCUUUGUAGCACUCAACAUCAUGCUCGCGGACGAGCACGUCGCGACGUUCGUGCGCGCCGUCGAGGCAUUUGUCCAGAAAUGGGAACAGGCGUUGAAAUGGUGA